AUGGACAACGCCGGCCUACAAAACACGCACGCUCGCGAGCACACCGAGGGCGCCACCUUCGAGCCCAUCCACCCCAAUCGCAACCAGCAUGCACACGACAACGCCAGUAUGAGGACAGCCUCGAUUGGCGGCGAGAGCACCGCGCGCAACUCGCCCAAGCCACAGGAAACCGAAAACCCCUACGGCGUCGACGUCCAGCGUGCCGAGUCGGAUUUCGCCCAACUCUCCAAAGAGCUUUCCCGCGCCAGCAACCUCUCGCGCCGCCUGAGUCGCGUCCAGAGCAGGCAAAGCCGCAAGGACAAGACUGCCCCUGCCGAUGUCGAGAAGGUGGCUGCAGAGGGCUCCGACACCUCGGACGAGCCCUUUGACCUCGAAGCAACAUUGCGCGGUUCUCGCAACGAAGAAGAGGCGGCUGGAAUCAAGUCGAAGCGCAUCGGCGUCAUGUGGGAUGGUCUCACCGUCAGCGGUAUUGGUGGUGUCAAGAAUUACGUAAAGACAUUUCCCGAUGCAUUUGUAUCCUUUUUCAAUGUGGUUGAAACGGCCGCCAGCCUGCUGGGCCUGGGCAAGAAGGGCACCGAGUUCGACAUCCUCAAGGAUUUCAAGGGUGUCGUAAAGCCCGGUGAGAUGGUCCUGGUUCUCGGAAAGCCAGGCAGUGGUUGCACCACCUUCCUCAAGGUCAUCAGCAACCAGCGAUACGGAUACACAAAGAUAGAUGGAGACGUCUUGUACGGCCCAUUCGACGCCGACCUCUUUGCCAAGAGGUAUCGUGGCGAGGCCGUCUACUGCGAGGAAGACGAGAACCACCAUCCCACUCUGACCGUUGGCCAAACGCUCGACUUUGCACUCGAGACAAAGGCGCCUGGCAAGCGGCCCGCCGGCCUUUCGCGAAAGGACUUCAAGGAAAAGAUCAUCAACACCAUGCUCAAGAUGUUCAACAUUGAGCACACGCGAAACACCAUUGUCGGCAACCCCUUUGUCCGUGGUGUUAGUGGAGGCGAGAGGAAACGUGUUUCCAUUGCUGAGACCAUGAUCACGGGAGCUUCUUUGAUGAGCUGGGACAACAGCACAAGAGGUUUGGAUGCUUCCACGGCCGUCGACUAUGCCCGUUCGCUCAGAGUCCUCACAAACAUCUACAAGACAACCACAUUUGUGUCGCUGUACCAGGCCUCGGAGAACAUUUACAAGUGCUUUGACAAGGUCAUGGUCAUUGACAGCGGACGCCAGGUCUACUUUGGACCUGCCCAGGAAGCCCGUGCUUACUUUGAAGGCCUCGGCUUCCUUGAGAAGCCUCGCCAAACCACGCCCGACUACCUUACAGGCUGCACAGACGCCUUUGAGCGCGAGUUCAAGGCGGGCCGGAGCGAAAACGACGUCCCCUCGACGCCCGAUGCCCUCGCCGAGGCCUUCAACAAGUCCGAGACGGCCGCCAGACUUGACGCCGAGAUGACUGCCUACAAGGCCCAGAUGGCCCAAGAGAAGCACGUCUACGAAGAGUUUCAAAUCGCCGUCAAGGAGAGCAAGCGACACGCGCCCCAGAAGUCGGUCUACUCGAUCCCCUUUUAUCUCCAGGUGUGGGCUCUGGCACAGCGCCAGUUCUUGCUCAAGUGGCAGGACAAGUUUGCUCUGGCUGUCUCAUGGAUUACCUCUCUCUCCAUCGCCAUCAUCAUCGGUACCGUCUGGCUUGAUCUUCCCCGUACUUCGGCAGGCGCCUUCACACGUGGAGGUGUCCUCUUCAUCGCUCUGCUCUUCAACGCUUUCCAGGCCUUCUCUGAACUCGGAUCUACCAUGAUGGGACGGCCCAUUGUUAACAAGCACCGCGCCUUUACCUUCCACCGCCCCUCGGCCCUUUGGAUAGCUCAGAUUGGUGUCGAUCUUUUGUUUGCCUCGGUGCAGAUCUUGGUCUUCUCCAUCAUUGUCUACUUCAUGACCAACCUGGUCCGGGAUGCUGGAGCCUUCUUCAUCUUUGUCCUGAUCAUCAUCACUGCCUACCUGGGCAUGACGCUCUUCUUCCGAACAGUCGGCUGUCUUUGUCCCGAUUUUGAUGUUGCUAUUCGUCUGGCCGCCACCAUCAUCACCCUCUUCGUGCUGACGUCCGGUUAUCUCAUCCAGUGGCAAUCCGAACAAGUCUGGCUUCGGUGGAUUUUCUACAUCAACGCCCUGGGUCUCGGCUUCUCGGCCAUGAUGAUGAACGAGUUCCGUCACCUCGACUUGACGUGUGUUGGCAGCUCAAUCAUUCCGUCGGGCGCAGGAUACAACAAUCUCAAUGCUGAAGUCUGCACCCUGCCUGGCAGCAAGGCCGGAUCCAGAAUCAUCAAGGGUAUUGAUUACGUCAAGACGUCGUUUUCGUGGGACUCGGGUGAUCUCUGGAUGCACUUUGGUAUCAUGGUUGCGCUCAUUGUUCUCUUUCUCCUUGCCAAUGCAUUCCUGGGUGAGUUUGUCAAGUGGGGCGCAGGCGGUCGCACAGUCACCUUUUUCGUCAAGGAGGACAAGGAGCUCGCAGAGCUCAAUACCAAACUGCAGGAGAAGCGUAGCAGGCGCACCCGUGGAGACGCCAACAAAGAUGAGGGUUCCGAACUCAACAUUGAGUCCAAGUCGGUCCUCACGUGGGAAGAUCUCUGCUACGAUGUUCCAAUCCCCGGCGGUGAGCUGCGUCUGCUCAAGCACAUUUACGGAUACGUCAAGCCUGGCCAACUGACUGCCCUCAUGGGAGCCUCGGGUGCCGGCAAGACGACGCUUCUUGAUGUGCUUGCCAACCGCAAGAAUAUUGGUGUCAUUUCUGGCGACAAGCUGGUUGAUGGUAAAGCACCUGGCAUCGCCUUCCAGCGUGGAACUGCCUAUGCUGAACAACUCGACGUCCACGAGCCCGCCGCCACUGUACGGGAAGCACUCCGCUUCUCCGCCGAUCUCCGUCAGCCAUUCGAAACGCCCCAGGCCGAAAAGUAUGCGUACGUCGAGGAGGUUAUUGCUUUGUUGGAAAUGGAGGACAUUGCCGACGCCAUCAUCGGAGACCCGGAGAGUGGUCUGGCGGUUGAGCAGCGCAAGCGUGUGACCAUUGGCGUUGAGCUUGCUGCCAAGCCCGAGCUGCUUCUCUUCCUGGACGAGCCUACCUCUGGUCUCGACUCUCAGAGCGCCUUCAACAUUGUUCGCUUCCUCCGCAAGCUGGCUGCUGCCGGCCAGGCUAUUCUGUGCACCAUUCACCAGCCCAACUCUGCACUGUUUGAGAAUUUCGACCGUCUCCUGCUCCUCCAGCGAGGUGGCCGAUGUGUCUACUUUGGCGACAUUGGCAAAGACGCUCACGCUCUCCUCGACUACUUCCACCGCCACGGCGCCGACUGUCCUCCUGCUGCUAACCCCGCAGAAUGGAUGCUGGAUGCUGUUGGCGCGGGCUCUGCACCUCGUAUCGGUGACCGCGACUGGGCUGAUAUUUGGGACGACUCUGAAGAAUUCGCAGAGGUCAAGCGACACAUUGCCGAGGUCAAGCAGGAGCGUCUUGCUGCUGUCGGUAGCGCUGAACCCGUGGACCAGAAGGAGUAUGCCACUCCCCUCUCGUACCAGAUCAAGAAGGUUGUCCACCGCCAGAACCUCUCCUUCUGGCGUACCCCCAACUACGGCUUCACUCGUCUGUUCAACCACGUCAUCAUUGCUCUGCUUACAGGUCUCAUGUACCUUCAGCUCGACAACUCCCGGUCAUCUCUGCAGUACCGCAUCUUCAUCAUCUUCCAGGUUACUGUCCUUCCGGCUCUCAUUCUCGCCCAAGUCGAGCCAAAGUACGCCAUACAGCGCACCAUUUCUUUCCGUGAGCAAAUUUCAAAGGCCUACAAGACGUUCCCAUUCGCCUUGUCCAUGGUCAUAGCAGAGAUGCCAUACAGCAUCUUGUGCGCCGUCUUCUUCUUCAUCCCGCUCUACUACAUUCCUGGGCUCAACUCGGCAAGCUCGCGUGCCGGAUACCAGUUCUUCAUGAUCUUGAUUACCGAGAUUUUCUCGGUUACCUUGGCUCAAGCCAUUGCUGCCCUGACACCCGACCCGUUCCUCGCCUCCUACGUCAACCCCUUCAUCAUCAUCAUCUUCUCCCUCUUCUGCGGUGUCACCAUCCCCAAGCCCUCCAUUCCCAAGUUCUGGCGUGUCUGGCUAUACGAGCUUAACCCCUUUACACGCUUGAUUGGUGGUAUGGUUGUUACUGAACUCCACGGACGAUCUGUCGAGUGCACCUCUGCCGAGUUCAACACUUUCCAGGCUCCCCAGGGCCAGACGUGCGGCUCUUACAUGAGCGACUUCUUCGCAAGCGGUGCACCUGGCUACAUCCGCGACAACGCCUCUAGUGUAUGCGAGUACUGCGCAUACAAGAUCGGAGACCAAUUUUACAACCCGCUCGGCUACAGCUUCGACAACCGAUGGAGAGAUCUCGGCAUCUUUAUUGUUUACAUUGCCAGUAACCUCAUCAUCCUCUUUAUGGCCGCAAAAUAUCUCAACUUCAACCGACGAUGA